CUCUCGGCCUUUCUCUCGCGCCCCCUCCGCAGAUGAGGCCGGAGCGCGGGCCUGGGUUUGGGGCUUCACCCCGACCCCACCUCUGGCCUGGCCUGCGCCUCUUCAGCCCCAGGGGCCGGGCCUGCCCUCCGCCCCCACAAACUGGUUUCGCUGCUUUGCUGGGCUCUGUUGGAACUAGUCCCUUUGACUCCCCGUUUCUAUUUUUUUUUCUUCUGGGGCUUUAUUUUGCGGGGAGGGGACGGAGGGAGGGGGCUUUCUUCCUCUCCCCCGCUCCCGCGCGCGCCAGGUUUCCUGCCCCAAGGCGGGCUUGGGUGCCCCCUCUGGCAGGAAGUGGGGCCGGGUGCACCCGCGUGGCGGUGCAUGCGGUCGGGGUGCGCUGCUUUCCCGCGCCUGCAGGAGCGGCCUGCGCCCCUCCCCCCGCGCGCCCUGGCCCCUAGUCCCGCCGGCCGGCCUGCAACGGCCAGGCGCAGACACUUGCAGAGUCACCCUGGGGCCGGGUCUGGAGCCUGAUGCCUCGGGGGCUUAGCCCUAGCCGCUAGGCGGGUAGGCAAAGUGGCGGGUUGAAAGGGUCUCCGGGAACCUACUUUUUCCUGCUCGCCAACUUGCUGUGUGACCUUCGGCAACUCAUCAGGCUUCUCUGGGCCACCAUUUUACGGGGGACGGGGAAGAAAAUAAGGGAACCCCCAAGAUAAUUUCCUAGGGCCUUUGCUGCAGAGUCCUUAAAUAUUCGGGGAGCACACUUUGCGUGCACAGCGUAUGGAGGAGAUAGGCUUGAGGCCCAAGCGGGCUUAUUACAAAGUGAGGGAUUGGGGUUAGGCCCUAAAUGUAGUUCCUACAGGACAGGCCUCUGAUGUUCCGAAACAGGUGGAAGAGACGAGCGUUUCUUGGCCUCACUGGAAAGGGCCUUGGGCCUUCGUUUAGUUCGUGGGGGGUUGGCUGAGGGGGAUUAAAGGGUCCCCAGCAGCAAGAGGUGGGGAGGCACCAGAUGGUAUGAGAGCUUCCAGGGAGACCCGCCAAGAUCUCUAGGCAGGCCGGGCCAGGCUCUCUGGGAUUCCGGACUGGCUUCGCCCAACUGGAACCCCCUCGAUGAGGGGGCCUCGGGCAGACCUUAUAUGAGCAUCCCAGCCAUCACUCUUCCACCUGUUCCUUAGAGAAGGGAAGAUGAGCGAGUCGAGCUCGAAGUCCAGCCAGCCCUUGGCCUCCAAGCAGGAAAAGGACGGCACUGAGAAGCGGGGCCGGGGCAGGCCGCGCAAGCAGCCUCCGAAGGAGCCCAGCGAAGUGCCAACACCUAAGAGACCUCGGGGCCGACCAAAGGGAAGCAAAAACAAGGGUGCUGCCAAGACCCGGAAAACCACCACAACUCCAGGAAGGAAACCAAGGGGCAGACCCAAAAAACUGGAGAAGGAGGAAGAGGAGGGCAUCUCGCAGGAAUCCUCGGAGGAGGAGCAGUGACCCAUGCGUGCCGCCUGCCCCUCACUGGAGGAGCAGCUUCCUUCUGGGACUGGACAGCUUUGCUCCGCUCCCACCGCCCCCGCCCCUUCCCCAGGCCCACCAUCACCACCGCCUCUGGCCGCCACCCCCAUCUUCCACCUGUGCCCUCACCACCACACUACACAGCACACCAGCCGCUGCAGGGCUCCCAUGGGCUGAGUGGGGAGCAGUUUUCCCCUGGCCUCAGUUCCCAGCUCCCCCCGCCCACCCACGCAUACACACAUGCCCUCCUGGACAAGGCUAACAUCCCACUUAGCCGCACCCUGCACCUGCUGCGUCCCCACUCCCUUGGUGGUGGGGACAUUGCUCUCUGGGCUUUUGGUUUGGGGGCGCUCUCUCUGCUCCUUCACUGUUCCCUCUGGCUUCCUGUAGUGGGACCUGGGAGGGUUCCCCUGGCCUUAAAAGGGGCCCAAGCCCCAUCUCAUCCUGGCCCGCCCUACUCCACUGCCCUGGCAGCAGCAGGUGUGGCCAGUGGAGGGGGUGCUGGCCCCAGCAUUCCCCCAGCCAAACUGUCUUUGUCACCACAUGGGGCUCACACUUUUCAUCCUUCCCCACCUUCCCUAGUCCCUGCACUAGGUUGGGCAGCCCCCUUUGGCUCCAGGAAGGCAGGAGGGGUGUGUCCUUACUCCCGCUUCACUGUGGCCACAGCCCCCUUGCCCUCCGCCUGGGAUCUGAGUACAUGUGGUGGUGAUGGAGAUGCAGUCGCUUAUUGUUCAGGUGAGGCCCACGAGCCCUGUGGCCGUCACCUGAGGUGGGCUGGGGCUGCUCCCCUCACCCUACUUUGCUUCCGCCACUCAGCCAUUUCCCCCUCCUCAGAUGGGGCACCAAUAACAAGGAGCUCACCCUGCCCUCUCCCAACCCCCCUCCUGCUCCUCCCUGCCCCCCAAGGUUCUGGUUCCAUUUUUCCUCUGUUCACAAACUACCUCUGGACAGUUGUGUUGUUUUUUGUUCAAUGUUCCAUUCUUCGACAUCCGUCAUUGCUGCUGCUACCAGCGCCAAAUGUUCAUCCUCAUUGCCUCCUGUUCUGCCCACGAUCCCUCCCCCAAGAUACUCUUUGUGGGGAAGAGGGGCUGGGGCAUGGCAGGCUGGGUGACCGACUACCCCAGUCCCAGGGAAGGUGGGGCCCUGCCCCUAGGAUGCUGCAGCAGAGUGAGCAAGGGGGCCCAAAUCGACCAUAAAGGGUGUAGGGGCCGCCUCCUCCCCCUGUUCUGUUGGGGAGGGGUAGCCGUGAUUUGUCCCAGCCUGGGGCUCCCCCUCUGGUUUCCUAUUUGCAGUUACUUGAAUAAAAAAAAAAUAUCCUUUUCUGGA